AUGGCUAGCACAACCCAACUCAAGCUCAACACUGGAGCUUCAAUCCCCGCCGUGGGCUUCGGAACCUGGCAGGACAAGGAUGAACAGCAGGACGCUGUUCUUACUGCAUUGAAGGCUGGCUACAGACAUAUUGAUACCGCUCGUAUCUAUGGGACCGAACCUGCUGUCGGUGCCGGUAUCAAGGCAUCUGGUGUACCACGAUCUGAGAUCUUCCUUGUGACGAAGCUCUGGAACAAUAGCCACGACCCAAAGGAUGUCGAGCCAGCAUUGGAUGCUAGCUUGAAGGACCUUGGCACCGACUAUGUUGAUCUCUACCUGAUGCAUUGGCCAUCGCCUUUCAAGUCUGGCGACAACAUGUUCCCCAAGGACAAGGAUGGCAAGGUUGAGACCGGUACUGCUGACUACGUCGAGACUUACAAGGCUAUGGAGGAGUGCUUCAAGAAGGGCAAGGCAAAGGCCAUUGGUGUCAGCAACUUCUCCCAGAAGGAGAUGGAACGUUUGUUGAAGGAGACCAGUGUGGUCCCAGCAGCUCACCAGCUCGAGUGUCACCCAUGGCUCCAACAGAAGAGUUUCGAUGAGUGGCACAAGUCUAAGGGCAUUCACGUCACCCAGUACUCUCCAUUUGGAAAUCAGAACACUAUCUACUCCAAGGGUGAAGAACUUGGAAAGCUGAUGGAGGACCCUGUUCUGGUUGAGAUCGGCAAGAAGCACAACAAGACUGGAGCACAGGUUGCUCUUGCUUGGGGCAUUGCUCACGGUCGAUCGGUUAUCCCAAAGAGCAAGACCGAGAGCAGAAUCAAGGCAAACUUGGAGGGCGACUUCAAGCUGGACUCUGAUGAUCUCAAGAAGAUCGAGUCCAUUGACAAGAAGUUCAGAUUCAACGACCCAUCUGGUGGCCACUUUCAAUCUGAACAGACCUUAAGAUUGAAGACUGGCAUUUUUCCCGCUCGCGAAACUUGUGAAGCGCCGUGA